AAGACUCUGAAGUUCAGUCUGUACACUAUCUCACUUAUCGACUAUAUUUACAUUGCUACAAGCGGGACUAUAAUGCUGUAUAAAGUCUUUAUUCCGUAUUUGAACUGCAUCUUCAGCGCCAUCAUGUUUGUAUCUUCGGCAUCAUUUCGGAGACAAUGUAGAAAACCAGUGAACUUGGAAGCCCGUCAUAAGAUCCAUUCCAGGUUACACAAUAAAUUUAUUUUCACGGCUAAUAUAGCUUCACUUGCAACAACACAGUUACCACUGCUGAACUUGGAUAAAUUUUGCCCAAAAUCUAUUGCUUAUACCAGAGCUCCCCGCGGGCGUUCCACGUGUCCUUGGUACCUGAAAGUUAUCUAUGACAAAAACGUUUACCCUCCACUACGUACUGAAGCUGUGUGUCGCUGUAAACAUUGUCUCGGCACUGACAACAACUACCGCUGUGUGACAGUAUAUGCUGAAAUGCCUGUUCUUCAUCGUACAGGAGAAUGUAUUAAGGGGUUCUAUGUAUAUAAGCCUAGUAAAAUUAAUGUCGCCACAGCCUGUGUAUGUGCGCGGAUUAUCGAUCAUGUAAUUAUAAAUAAUAUAGAUUAUGAGUCGUAAAAGCAGUUGACAACAAUUUGUUACCUGCUUUCGUGUAAAGAUUGUUGAUAAUCAACCACCAUGUGGUUAUGUUAUACUAUGUAUAACUUAUUACAAUUUGGUUAGGCUCUAUGUAUGUAUGUAUGUAUGUAUGUAUGUAUGUAUGUAUGUAUGUAUGUGUGACAAACCUCCGUCACAGGAAUUAUUUAUUUAUGUAUGUACGAGAAACUUCCACAAGCUAUCCUUCAAUCAAGAACUUGUGCACACGCGCACGCGACCGCACAUGUCAUUCUUGUAUUUCUUAUCACCCACCACAUAUUUUACUGCAUAAUGCUGCGACACCACUCCUCAACACUUGGCUAAAAUAUUUUCUCUCGCACAAGAAGUUCUUAUUCAGUAUUUGAACUGCUUCUUCGGCAUCAUCAUGCUUUUAUUUUCGGCAUCAACUUCAACCUUGGUCAAAAGAUUCAUCUUUGUAACAUGUCUAUUUAUAGUUUUCAAUAUCCUUUAUAUCAUAUUUCAUGUUUAACUGCAUUUUGUUUCUAUCUUUUUCGUCGGACAUUGUACACAACUUCCAUUCACUUUUAUAUUUAUACAGAGACCCACUGAUGUACUGUCGUCUAUAAAAUUGUAACGUUCUUUUCUCCAAGUCGUUGAUCUUGUGUAUAGAUCAGAAAUCGAUACUUAAAUGUAAUAAGUUGCUGUUUUAGCAGAAACUUCAAAAUUGGCAAUGCCAUGCAUUGUUUAUUUAAAACCUUAUUGAUUGAUUUCAAGUCACUUCCAGAUGCGUCCAAGUUUGCUUUAAAUUUUUCGAUUUACUGAAAUAAUUAAUGAUAGUGUUAUCUAGCAUUAUUUAUUUCAUUAUUCACUGUCUCAUUUCCCACAACCUUGUGUUGAAAGAAGAAAGCGAUAAUUAGGUAGUUUUAUUAAAUUAUUUCCAUUAAUUCAUGCGUUCAUUUCAUUUCUUAAGUGCAAAUCUCACGUUAUAAACAUUUAUUUAUUUUUAUAAUAAUAUUUAAUAUUAAUAAUGUAACACGUAAAAUACUUUAACAUAGAUAUAUUUAUAAUAUGUAAGGCAA